AUGAAACCACUUGCUGAUGAUACUCUUCCCAGACAGAUUCAUAUCACAUUUGGUGUUGACCCAACAGAUAUAACAAUACAAUGGGCAACAGAGAAGGCAGACAAGUCUGUUGUUCAGUACUACCCACAAAAUUCGCCAGGGAGCUCAAUAUCAGUGGAAGGGAAAUCUGUGGUUUUUGAAAAUAACUCUCGUGGAUGGAAGCAUUUACACAGAGCUGCUUUACAUGGACUUGUACCAGGCUGUCUGUAUAUCUACAAUGUUGGUGGUGAUAUUCAGUCACUAAGAAGCAACUUCUUCAGCUUUAGGGUUCCGUUUAAGUACGAACCACAUACCUAUAUGGUGUUUGGCGACCUGGGGACUAAAAGUGCAAAUCUCCAGUUCCUGGUUCACGAGUCCAGAGCAAGAAACUACAGUGCUGUUUUUCAUGUUGGGGACAUUGCCUAUGAUUUGGGUAGUGAUGGGGGUAAAGUUGGAGAUAAAUUUCUGAAUUUGAUCCAGUUGAUGGCAGCCAACACUCCUUACAUGACGGUUCCAGGAGAUCAUGACUUGUUUCAGGAUGACCAAUACAGGUAUCGAUUUUCUAAUCCGAAUGCCGAGUGGCCGAUGAAGAUGGAGCAGCUGUGGUAUAGCAUAGACAUGGGGAAAACUCACUUUGUGUGCAUUUCCACUGAAAUAUUUUUUACUGAUAAAAGAAACGUUGAAAGGUUUAUGAAGUGGUUGCAACAUGAUCUUACAAAAGCCAAUGACAACCGGAGUAACUUUCCUUGGAUUGUUGUAAUGGCUCAUCGACCUAUGUACUGCUCUGUGGAUGACACAAGGGAAGAUUGUAGGAAGCCAGAUUCUAUUGUAAGACAGAAUCUUGAAAGUGUUUACUCCCAAUUCGGUGUUGAUGUUGUAUUUAGUGGACAUAAUCACAUGUAUGAGAGAACAUGGCCUACAUACAAAAAUAAAGCUGUUGCUUUAAAUUACAUUAAUCCAUUGGCUCCAGUUCACAUAAUUGUUGGAUCUUUGGGAAACCAGUAUCUGACAGAGUAUACCUCAAAACCAGGAGGAGGAUGGUCUGCAUUUACAAAAUCUGCCAUGGAAAUGGAAAUCUAUGGUCGAUUGACUGUUUAUAACUAUACACACUUGAACUGGGAGGCAAGAUCAGCUAUGGAUAACAGUCUUGUGGACAAAAUGUUGAUAAUUCAGAGAGUUCAUGGACCAUUUACAAAUCCUCAGGUCCAUAUUCCAGACCCAUUGGGAGAGGCUGGUAAAGCCUGGAGAAAUCAGAAUGGAGCCACUGAAGAUGAUGGCUCACUGAUUAACUUGAACUUUUUUGUAGUUUAUGAUGACUACAAUACUCGAGUAACAGUCCUUUGUUUCACCUCUAUAAUCUUGCUAAUUGGAGUGUGUUUAAGGAAGAAAAUAAUUAACUUUUUAAGGUUUUGUUGUCUUAAAAACGAUAAAUGUAACAAUACUAUCACAUGA